AAACUUUAUACCUGAUGGGGAAAAUAUAGACUAGAUUUGCUUUGCAUUGUCCCCACAUGAUGGCAAUGAUAUAGUAAGAUCCAAUUAAAGUCUUGAUUAAUUUGGGUUGUUAUGUUGUUGUACGGUGUUUUAAGAUCUUGUUCUCUCUGCACGGCCCUGGUUGACUGUGUGUUCUAUGACUCUGUAUUUUUGUGUUUUUAUGAUGCAAAGCACUUUGAACUGCCUUGUUACUGAAUACUCAAAUAAGCUUGAUUGAUUGAUUGAUAAUCAUAAUGCUAAUCUGAUUCCAGGCGGAGACAUUAUGAGGACCAUCUUGGUUGCUGUCCCAUUGAUGUCUGUCCUUUACUUUGCCUGUGGGCAGAAUUUGGGCCUCAGAGAAGGAAUCAUUACAUUUUAUGAAAUACAGAAACCCUGGAGCGAAGCCCAGGCCUCCUGCAGGGAGAAUCACACUGACCUGAUCACUAUCAGGUCAGAAACAGUCAUUCAGGCGCUGAAUGGCACCAGGGGCUGGAUUGGACUGCACAGAGACAACAACAAGAGCCACUGGAAGUGGUCCAGAAGAGACGAGACAGCAACAUUCUUCAAUUGGGAUGAAAAUGAACCGUCACAAUAUGAGCACUGUGUCUUUCAGCGGCAGUUAACUAAAAAGUGGUCAAGUGUUCCGUGUAACGCAACACGUGUCUUCAUUUGCUAUGAUGACGUGCUGGUUCUGGUGAAGGAGAAUAAGACAUGGGACGAGGCGUUGGAGCACUGCAGGACUCUGGACAAAGUCAACAGCUACGACCUGGCAACCCUCAUCACCCCCGACGACCACGACUUUGCACGAGAGACAACCCUACUGGCAACCACUGAGGAGGUGUGGACGGGCCUGCGUUUCCUUGGCGAUGAGUGGUUCUGGGUGGGCGGAGAACCGGUUCAGUACCAGGACAUUCCAAGCUGCCCGGGUGUCUGGUGUGGCGUCCUGGAGAAGAACAGCAAGUCAUUAUUUGGAAUCAGAGACUGCAGCCAGAGAAGGAACUUCUUCUGUUACUUAAAAUCUAAAAUCUUGUAGAAAAACUUGUGAAAAGAGGCUCUUCAUUCAUUAACUUAAACUAGCUGGAUGGAUGGAUUGAUGGAUGGCAAGAAUAAGCCAUGUUAGAAGCUUUCUAUUCAAAGAACUCUAGUUGCUGUAUCAACUAAUGAAUCAUAUAUUAUGGAUUCUGAAUAUGAAGUUUAGGGUUUUGUUGAAACAUGACUAUUGAGUUGAGUUGCUAUGUUUACAGCUCUAAACCUAUUCAAUGAAUUAGGACAUUAUUGGAAAAUCUUUUUUUUUUUUUCAAAAAACUGUCACAAAGUGAAACACAUUAUAUAGAUUAACUACACCAAUGGAUAUCUGAAAUCCGUUAUUUAUGUUAAUUAUUAUGAUUUUUAUGUAAAAUUGACUCUUUUGAGCUUGGAUGAAAACAGACUUCCCCUGCGACUCCCCCACUCAGCUCCUUCAGACUAGCGGCAGCAGCAAAUAGAAAACACCUGGUGGAACUGAACAUCUGCUGAGCUCGUUGUACAAGGUACUUGUCAGUGUAAAGCUGGUAAAAAUAUUGUUAAAGGAUUAAUAGAGGAGCCGUGUUGUGAUGACUUCCUGAAGGCAGUUUCAAAAAGAGCAGGAGUUUUUAAAGAGAGGCCCAAUUUCAAGAUGUUAAAUUGCAAAGUCAAAUGAAUUUUUAAGUCAUAUUUGAAAUGAAUAGCAGUUUUGUACCUGAAGGCAACAUAGUUACUUGAUUGUGCUAUGAAGUAGCAGUAUGUUCCUGGAAAAUACACAAUACUGUGCUAAUAUUUUACUGCUUUUGUACUGUCAUAUGUGGCUUAAAAUAUAAAAUAUUUAAACUAAUUAAACUAAUUCAUUCUUGACUGAAAAGUUUCU